AUGGAAGUGGUGCCACACUCGUAUGAUGUAGCUUCAACAUGUUAUCUUCCUCACCAUGGUGUCUAUAAAGCAUCGAGUUCUACAACGAAGCUUCGCGUAGUCUUCAAUGCUUCUAAUAAAUGUUUGAGCGGAAUAUCUCUUAAUGAUUGUCUGCAUAUAGGUCCCAGAUUACAAAAUGAUCUAUCAAAUAUCAUCUUGCAAUGGCGGCAUUACCCUAUAGUGUUUACAGGAGAUAUCGAGAAAAUGUACAGGCAAAUUCUUGUUGAUAGCAAAGAUGUGGAUUUGCAACGAAUAAUGUGGCGCGUUCGACACGGGGACGCCCCUACAACGUUCCGGUUGCUCACUGUAACAAAUGGGACUAAUUGUGCUCCAUAUCUUGCCAUCAAAGUAUUGCGUACUCUGGCAAAAGAGGAGCAAACUCGUUUUCCACGGGCAGCUGAAUCGAUUCUAAAUGAAUUUUACAUUGAUGACGUACUAUCAGGUGGAGACACUCCAAUCGAAGCUGCAGAAAAAUUGCACGAACUUCAGGAGCUUCUAGCAACUGCAGGCUUCACUUUACGUAAAUUUAAUUCGAAUUCAAAUGACGUUUUAAGCACUCUGACUGAGGACGUAAAAGCUCACGCCGACGAUGUGGAAAUUAACACCGAGUAUAAAACUAAGACACUUGGUCUUACUUGGUAUACAAAAUCCGACAGUUUUGGUUACAACGUCAAUGUAACUUGUGACAACCAUCAUUACACAAAACGACUAAUGUUGUCUGACAUAUCGAAGUUAUUUGAUCCACUUGUGUUCUUGGCUCCGGUUAUCAUUCGAGGAAAGAUGUUUCUGCAACAACUCUGGCGUACUGGAUCCGAUUGGGAUGAUCCCUUGUCAAUAGAGAUGGCAAACAUUUGGCAUAACUUUCGUAUUGACUUACAACAAUUACAUCACAUUCGAAUCCCACGUUGGAUAAACACCACUUCGACAAGUGCAAUUGAAUUACACGCAUUUGGUGAUUCAUCAAAUCAAGCAUAUGCGGCUGCAGUAUAUGCGAAAACAACCAUCGCCCCGUUGAAAGAAACGUCUAUACAACGUUUAGAAUUAUGUGCAGCAUUGCUAGCAGCAAAACUUCUACACAAGGUUAAAGGAACAUUUAAGUGUCAACCAUCACGCUGUAUUUUGUGGACUGAUAAUACAACCACACUGUGGUGGAUUAGAACUGAUCCAGGCAAAUUGAAGCAGUUCGUGGCAAACAGAGUGUCACAAAUUCAGUCAAUGACAAAUAUUGAAGACUGGAGGUAUAUUGCAACAAAGGAUAAUCCGGCUGAUUGUGCAUCACGAGGCAGUACUGUUUUGCAACUAAAAGAUAAUCUGAUGUGGUGGUAUGGACCAUCUUGGCUUCGCUUAAAUGAGAAAAUGUGGCCUAACCACCAAAUCAAUCAUACUCCUGACAGUUUACCUGAGAAAAAAGAGAUUAACUCAUUAACUACGCAGUUAUCAACAGAAGUGUGGGAAAUAUUUGGACGAUAUGCUACUCUUGAUAAAUUACUCGUAGUCGUGGCGCAAUGCCUACGUUUUAUUCAUAUGUGUCAAAAAAGGAUGCGUAGGGAUGAAAGUUUCUGCACUUGGCAAGAACGUUAUACGGUUCUUAAAAAAUUAGUAACAAUUGUACAAAGGACCGAGUUUACCAACGAUUAUGCUGCUUUACGGAAAGGCAAUCCAAUUAACAAAUCAAGUAAAUUGUUUAAAUUGAAUCCGAAGCUUGAUUCCGACGGAAUUAUGCGUCUAAAUGGAAGACUGCAAAAUGCGAAUAUUCCUUCAGAUGAACGAUGUCCAAUGAUAUUACCCAGACGUCAUGAUUUUACUACGUUGAUUAUUAAUCAAGCUCAUAGUCGAACAUUACAUGGCGGAACUCAAACAACAUUAGCAUAUGUGCGACGGCAAUUUUGGGUUAUUGAAGGAAGAUCCGCUGUGAAGAGAGUGAUUAACAAAUGCAUUACAUGUUUUCGUCAAGCCUGUCGACCGCAAGCACAACUUAUGGGUAACUUACCUCCAGCACGGUGUAAUAUAUCACAGCCAUUCAUGCACACGGGCGUGGAUUAUGCUGGUCCAUUUAAUGUGAGAGCGACAAGAGGGAGAGGCCAUCGUACUUACAAGGGGUAUGUGGCUCUAUUUAUAUGUUUUAUUACACGAGCUAUUCAUUUGGAACUUGUGAGUGAUAUGACAUCUGAAACCUUUCUAGCAGCGUUAAAGCGAUUUGUAUCAGUCCGGGGCAUAUGCUCAGAUAUGUACAGCGAUCGUGGUACAUCCUUUGUCGGUGCUGAUGCUUUAAUGAAAGAUGAAAUUAAAUUAUUUAAAAAACAAAUUGAAGCUGGGUCUGUGUUUGCAUCAACCGUUGGCAUAAAUUGGCACUUUAUACCACCCGCAGCGCCUCAUUUUGGUGGCCUAUGGGAAGCAGGAGUAAAAAUCGAAAAUUGUUUAAAUUCGCGGCCGCUUACGGCUCUAUCUGAUGACCCCACAGACUUAUCAGCGUUGACACCAGGACACUUUUUGAUUGGACGAGCGCCAUCUGCCGUACCUGAACCUAAUUUGCUAAAUACAAAGAUUGGUGUACUAUUCCGAUGGAAGAUGUUAAGCCAGAUGUAUCAAGACUUUUGGCGUCGUUGGUCCCAAGAAUAUUUAACACAAUUACAUGCCAGAAACAAAUGGACUAAAAGCCAAACAAAUGUCGCAACCGGUCAACUGGUCCUACUUCGAGAUGAACGAUUGCCUCCAAGCUCCUGGUUGCUUGGCCGCAUUAUCCAAGUCCAUCCUGGCACGGACGGUGCUGUUCGUGUCGUAACCAUAAAAACACAGUCCGCCAUUGUGAAACGGCCAAUUACGAAGAUCUCUGUUUUACCAAUCGACAUUGAAGGACGUCCUGAAGCACACGAGUAA